AUGCGCACUUUCAUCAUCGAAGGCAUCCGCGCAAACACCCCGCCGUUCCAAGACGACCCUGAGGGAUCGGAGUGGAAAGAUGUGCGACUCACCCCUGCGCACAUCACGGCUGCUCUUAAAGUGCAAGCUCGGGCAGCAGGGUCUCAGAGCAACGGCCCAGCUGGCAGCGUUGAGCCUGGCACCGGGACCUCGCCAGAGCACCUGGCGAAGGCCAUCGAGGCGCUUGCAAAGGCAACGCAAGAGCGAGACCAGCCCAAGAAGGAAUACUUGUCUUUCAACUUGAAACAGCGCCUGGACGAGCUCGGUCUCGGGAGUCUCCCUAAAGAUAUGAUGCCCUCGGAGGAGGCUAUGAUUCGGUUGGAGAAAGCCAGCGAGGUCGCACGGGACCAGGGCCGCCUUUAUAUUGGGUCGGCAGAGGGAGAGGACCUCCAAGUCUCCUUUCGCCCGCCCUGGUCGCGCACACCCAAGAUCGACGUGACCGUCGGCGACGGCAGCUUCGAGGAGAAGCUGCGCAGCGCGGUAGAGGCGAAGAAAACGAGGAGCUUGGAGGACAGGACCACUUUUGUGGGAUUCGCUACGUUCUAUGGACAUAUCCUGGACUGGGGCGUGAAGAUGGUCCUCGCGAAGGCCAUCACCUCCACGCAGUUGCUCGCGUACCAGAUCGUACUCACCCAGAAGCUCGCCCGGGAGCUUGAAAGGGACGAGCGGUCGCAGAUAGAGACGCUCCUGUGCACUCUGGACCAGGGCGUGCUGGCGGACGCGAAGAACAGCGCUGAAAAGCGCGUGAAAGAGACCGCGAAGGCGGCCGCGAAGACGGGCCAGGCCUCUGGCUCCCAGCCGUCGCAGCCGGCACCCGCUUCCAGCAAGGGAGGCGGCAAGGGGCACCCCAAGGGAGGCAUGCUGCCCGCCCGGCGCCCCAAGGGGCGCCAGGGGAACGCUGACUGGUAUGCCAAGAAGUGGGACAACACCAAGAAGGGCGACAAGAAGUGGUGA